CUGAUCAAUGAGCAUAAUACGAGCUUAAAACAAUGGACACGUAUAAGCCGGGCAGAAAAAACUCAAAUAAAAAUACUAAUCUCUUUCCAUUUCUUUUUCAAGUUUUACAGAAUUCUAUUCUCAAGAGCAAAAUAAAAAUACUGAUAUGCGACUAUAUGAACCACCACCUUCAGCUCCAUUCACCGAACAGCGAUGCACCAACGAGCUCGAGAGCAUACUGAACAAUUCCACAAGAGUCAAGAUGUUGCUCAAAGGAAUUCAAACUUUAAAUAGGAACGCACUCAAAAGAGGCAUCACUUGUCGACCAUGUAUGGGAACGAUGCAGGAGGCCCACAUGGGAUAUUAUGAUAGUGCAUAUAAAAGAAUUGUUAUCUGCUGUGACCAUAUUCGCUCCAAGAAGGAACUCGAACAGACACUUAUACACGAGCUAACACAUGCUUUCGACUCAUUAAGAAAAGGACAAUUCGACAGUAUUUGUCAUUUGAUAGCUUGUGGUGAGAUAAGAGCUAGUGCACUAGGUCAAUGUGCGUUCAUAUCGCCUGAAAAAAAAAGGGCUGAAUGUAUCUUAAAAGACGCCAUAAACUCAACUCAAAUUCACUGUGGUUUAGAGCGAACGUUAAAAAUAGUAAAAGAGGUUUACAGUAAUUGCGUUAAUGAUGAGGCACCUUUUCGAUAGUAUUGGCGUACAGGAAGUUUUGUUUUGCAUCGCUUUGCAAAAAGCGAACAACGUUACCAAUAAAUUAUGUUGAUCUAGAAACCUUCAGUAUACGAAUAAGGUUGUGCUAAGUCUAGCC